GUCCAUUUCGCCGCUCAGGCCGCGUGCCGGCCAGCGUUUCAGCCGCACCUGUCACCGGCGGCGGGCCUGAGGGCUCUCGCCAAGUCCUGGGUGCUGCGCCGAUGCGGCUCAGGGCCUGUCGCGGGGCCGCUCUUGCUAAGCCAGCUGCACCGGCGUGCGUCGAAGCUCCGCUCUGCGCGAUCUCGGCAAGGUGCAGAGACGCCGGCCUUGGGGCAGCCAUCGUGCGCAUGCGUUUGUCUUUUGCGUCACGGCAUGAGGGCGGCCCGACUGAAUAAGAGGAGCUCAGCUGCGGCAGGCAGCGCCCAGCACCCACACAACCCCACCACACCCUCACCAUGCCCGGCAGCGUCCUCGACGAGAAGCUCAACCAGGCCGGCGGCCUCGACAGCAGCAACGCCAACGCCGAGCCGGCCAUGCAGGCCAAGGGCCCCAUGAGCGACGCCAACCCCACGCAGACGCACUUUGCGCCCGGCGUCAACGGCGAGGACCACUAUGCCUCGGGCAAUGCGACGCCCAAGACGCGCGAGCACGGCCACGGCUGGCGUGCGCGCCGCAAGGCGCACCACCACGCGCGCAAGGAGAAGCGCGCGCACAAGGCUGCAGACGCCGUCGAGAAGGGGCUGCCGUCCAUGUUCCACAGUGAUGAGGACAAGCACGGCGGUAAGGACCGCUUUGAGCGUGCUUCGAAGCGCAUGCGCAUCAAGAACGAGUUUGUCGCGGCUCUGGCGGAGUUUAUCGGCACGUUCCUGUUCCUUUUCAUCGCCUUUGGUGUCGCCAAUUCGGCGUCGCAAGGCUCGAUCAUCGCGUCCGGCCAGGGCGGCAACACCACGGCGAACGGCGGACUCGACCCCUCCGCCCUCCUGCUUUCGUCUCUUGGUUUCGGCUUCUCUCUCGCCACCCAGGCGUGGGCCUUCUUUCGAGUGAGCGGAGGACUUUUCAAUCCCGCCGUCACCUUCGCGCUCUUCUUGACGGGCGCUGUUGAUCUGGUUCGGAUGAUCAUCCUUACGAUAAUUCAAUUUGCUGCUGCGAUCAGUGCCGCCGGCAUCGCGCAAGUCCUCAUUCCAGGCGGCAUCAACGUUCGGACGCGUCUGGGCGCGUCCACCACCAUCGCGCAGGGCUUCUUCAUCGAAUUCUUCAUGACGGCUAACCUCAUUCUUGCCGUUUUCUUGCUUGCCGGAGAGAAGCACAAGGGCACCUUCCUUGCCCCCGUUGGCAUCGGCCUCGCGCUCUUCAUCGCCGAGCUCUUCGCCACCUCGCUCACGGGAGGCAGCUUGAACCCGGCUCGCACACUCGGCCCGGACGUCAUUGCUUCGACCUUUGACGGAACGACGUGGAUCUACUACGCCGCGCCCUACUCCGCCGCCCUGGUCGCCUCUGGCAUCUACAAGCUGCUCCUCUGGCUCAACUACUACACGGCCGUCGAGGGCCAGGACUCUGACGGCGUGCACCUCCUCAUGCGCGACAAGGACGGCAAGGCCACGGGCUUCGUCGACCAGGUCACCGCAGCCGACGCUCCGGAGAUCGAGCGCAUGCGCGAGGCCGAGUUUGACCUCGAGCGCCAGACGAGCCACGACACCGUCGGCACCAGCACGACGGCGCCCCGCAGCGCCGUUCCCCGCGACAACUCGCAGGGCGCUCUGCUGCCUGCGCCCGUCGUGGCGACGCAGACUGCGUUCACCAACGUCGGCGUCGCUCAGUAAGAGCGCGGUCUCUCAGACGGCAGCUCUCUCAAGGCGUGGCGCAACCGCGCUCAGUCUGCGCGCGCAGCGCCUCAGGCAACACCUGCAAGAUUGGCUGCGCUGAAAGCGCCUCGUACGCUCCGUUGACCAUUUCUAUGUUCGCCCGACAUCCGCAAUGGCAC